AUGGCUCAAAACACCAUUCUCUUCCUCGGUGCAGGAGGCAACAUUGGGGCUUCAUCCGUUAAACUGUUCAAGAGCAAGGGAUACAAAGUUGCAUCAGUCGCACGUACGAUCAGGAAAGAGGUCUCAGAACACUCAGACCUUGUCAUGACUGCCGACUUUAGCGAUCCAACUACAAUCAACAGCAUCUUCGAGACUGUCGAGCGAGAACUAGGCGUACCGAACGUCGUAGUAUAUAAUCCUUACUCAUGGUCCAUCGGCACCGAUCCUAGCAACCCACUCUCAACACCCAUCGAAGGUGUCCAGAAAGAUCUCGCAAUCAACACCGUGAGCGCCUACGCAGCAGCUCAAGCCGCGGUAAAAAGCUUCGACAAACUCCCCAGUGAUGCGAAAAAGACCUUUAUCUAUACCGGUAAUACGAGCAACACAGCAAUUGUGCCUAUGGCUCUCUUGCUCGGUCUUACUAAGUCUAGCACUUGGUAUAUGAUCCAGAGUCUGGUAGCUACACCACGUUCCAUUUCCGCUGGUUACCGCUUCUAUUACGUGGACGAGCGCACGCCGGCGGGAAAGGCAAUGCACGGUAUGUCAGGGCCAGCACAUGCGGAGUUUUUCCUAGAGCUUGCUGAGAAGGAAAAUCAAGGAGAGGCAUUGGCGACUUUCGUCAGAGGAAAUGGUUAUACUAGAUUUGAGGGCAACACGGCGGCUAUUCUGCCGGUACGUACUUUGGAGGAUAUGGUGGAUGCGGAGUACGGUUUACCAGGCACUGUGGAAGCAGAAUAUGGGUCUUUACUUCUAGAACGGGCUUCGAUAAGCUAG